AUGGAAAAGGGGCGCCUUCUCAGUCAAAUCGAGGAGUUGAAGAGAGAAUUGGCGCGCCGAAAUCAAGGAAACAUACCUAAAUCACGCGCAUCUCGACAACCAUCUAUCAAGCCGGUCGUGAUCAGUGAUGAUGAAGGCGAUGAUCUCGCUCAAGACAACUUGGGACCUAGUACAGUUGAUACAACCUCAAUCACCCGCAUCAAGAAUAACAAGAGAGUCCGAAGUAUAUCCCCAGAUGUGGAAAUUAUUGAAGUUGGACCUGUUGAUAAUGAGUUGAGUUCUCUUCUGAAGCGCCGAAGAGUACUAUCCCCAGAAUUAGCUCCAGUCAACGGCUCUCGUGCAGAUGCAGCACAUUUCGGGAACACUGACAUUAUCGAAAAGCCUUUGUCGAGUUUCACUGCUACACCAGGUGCCGACAGAGAUACGAAUGGUAUUCUGCCUCACAAGAAAUCUACUCGCCUAUGUCAAGCUACUCCCCCCUACACACCUUCUCAAGCUAGGGAAGAGUCGCAUGACGUUGGAGAGAGCCCCAACGUAGAACAGCAGCAAGGACAGCAAGAUUAUCUUUCCUCCUUGAAUUCCGACCGUGACGGUACAAUAGACUGCGGCUCACGCAGCGCCUUUCCUGCUUCAUCGACCAGCGAUGUUUUGCCGCACAUUGACCGGCAUGCAACAGCCACCGAAAAAGAUAGCGCACCUGUUACAAAGUCUAUCUUCAAUGGUGUUUCUCCACAAGGCUCUGCUACUGCGGGUGGCCUCGCUCAUCUUUUCCUCGAAACGGAGCAUGUUAUUGGCGAUAGCCCAGCGGUUAUCAAGCAUACUAAAGAUGAAUUGAAAAACCCUGUGCAUGCUCCCUUCAUCGGUGCUUCGUCUGCACCUACACCAUCUUCAUCUUCAUCCUCCAUUGCUGCCGCCGCACUUUCCUAUUCUCAUUCUCCUCUCCUAUCUUAUAGUCCAUUUACUUCAAGUUUACCUCCUACUGUCGACCGAGAUGCUGAGAUGAUACCUGCACCGAACGUUAUACGCGAGCUUCUUGCUCUGCCAAUUCCCACUGUGAUAUUUUAUUUUUUGUGUAUAUUCGUCCCGUUACUGACCAUGCCCAAGAUUUCAAGUGACGUUGUGGACGGAAUCAAACAUGAAAACAGAGUUCCGGAACAGCCAGUUUCCUUCGCAGUCAUGUCGCUUUCUUCUGAGUACCCGAAUCAACAGGCGCACGAUUCUAGCAAUCAUGCUGACUCAAGCAAGCACGGAAAGAAUGAAGAUCGAGAAGCACCCGCCACCACCACCAGCGUAAAAAGCUCUCUACAUGGUGAUAAUCCUCAUAGUACUGCCAAAGUAAAGGGGAAAAAGCGCUCACCUCAAACAUCUCGACUUUCCUCAGUACCUACCAUACUAGCUUUAGAUCCUCUGUGGGUCGAAGCCGUUGCCGGUUUCUUGCAUGAUACUCCUGCCCUUAUCAUCAAUCCUGAUCCUGACAUGAACUUUCGCGUUCCACGUGCACUCCUAGGCCAGAAGUACAAGAUCAGUACUGGAUCUUUCCAAGCUAUUGUCAAGGCACACCUCAAUCCGUCAUCUACCCCCAAUAACCCUCUUGUUCGUUCAAUCCUGUUCCCGUUUUACGACCAGAACCCUGAUCUUCCAGCAAAACCGGGAGAUCCCGGAAUCAUCUUGACGAAACGCACUGAUAUCCUGGAAAUUCAGCCUGCGACCAUCUUCAUCAACUACGAUGGGCGGGGCAAGACCCCAAGUGUCUGGCUCUACGCUGGAGAGUAUACAUUGAAGAAGUGCGCAGAGAUGACUGGAGAGCAGUUUUCUAGGCAACCUGUGAAGACACAAGAGCGGUGGGGACGUACCAUCAUCACACUGAAGCGAGAUAAUGUUUGGGCUCAAAUGCGAGCUCGUAUUUACCUGCGAAAGCACAAUAUGCCCCUGACCCACGAAAAUAUCAAGACGGAAUGCGACAAGAUUCAGGCUGUCAAAGGGAAUCCUGGGGUUCUUGACGUUCAGGAUGUUAUUGAUGCUUUUAUAAGGGGGGAUGAGUGCUUAGAUAUUAUCCAUAUGCAAUGUGUCGCCUAUGACCGUACAUUCCUCGAAGAUCUCCGGUCGAACAAGGCUGCAUCCACAGUGACAGACUCGGAUUCGAAAGUCGUGCAACCAACAAUAAAAUCGAAGAUGAAAUCACGGAUGAAAGGAAGCACUAAACGACAGGGUAUCGCUGCCGGGAGCGCACCAGAAGGCUCUGCGCCCGGUUUACGACGUUCCGCUCGAGAACGAAAGCCUUCGGGACGGACAUUUUUGGAAGCUGACCCUGAUCCUGACGUGCAUUUGGAUGGGUCAAUGAGUGAUCUCACUAACUCUGAUUAUCUCUACAGUUCUGGCGAGGAGGGUGAAGGAUGA